CCAGAGCAUCACUCCUUCUGGUUUCCAGCUCCUGGUUUUUCUCCCCAUCAGAUGCUAAACAUUUAGGUGCGUUUGUUAGUGGUGGGGGUGGCGGGGCGGGAGGCUGUCCCCGGCCGCCGAACACGCACCGUCCGCCCGCUGAGGCUGGGCUGAAGCGCCGCUGUGCUGGAGGAUGCUGCGGGAGUAAGAAGGGAAGAUGGGGAAGGACCAGGAACUGCUGCAGGCGGUGAAGACCGAGGACCUCCUCACCGUGCAGAAGCUGCUGCAGAGGCCGCGGCCAGGGAAAGCAAAGCUCCUUGGUUCUACGAAGAAGGUGAACGUAAACUUUCAGGAUACAGACGGGUUUUCUGCCCUGCAUCAUGCAUCUCUUAACGGUAACCUGGAGCUGGUCUCUCUGCUGCUGGAGUCGCAGGCCGCUGUCGACAUCAGAGACCAGAAAGGUAAGAGCCAGCCAGGACCAAAACUGUCUGAGAUGCUGCUGCAGCACCAGUCCAACCCUUGCAUCGUGGAUAAUGCAGGGAAAACACCUCUGGAUCUGGCCUGUGAAUUCGGCCGGGUCGGGGUGGUCCAGUUGUUGCUGUCUAGUAACAUGUGCGCCGCUUUGUUGGAACCUAAAAAGGGAGACACAGCAGAUCCAAAUGGGACGUCUCCGCUCCACCUGGCAGCCAAAAAUGGACACAUUGAUAUCAUCAGACUGCUGAUCCAGGCUGGCAUUGACAUUAACAGACAGACCAAAGCAGGCACUGCCCUGCAUGAAGCAGCCCUUUGUGGAAAGACUGAGGUUGUGAGACUCCUGCUGGAGAGCGGCAUUAAUGCAGCUGUUAGAAACACGUACAGCCAGACUGCGCUGGACAUCGUCUACCAGUUCACAGCAACACAGGCCAGCAGGGAAAUAAAGCAGCUGCUGAGGGAUGCAUCAGCAGCCCUGCAGGUUCGAGCUCUGAAGGAUUACUGCAACAACUAUGACCUGACCAGCCUCAACAUCAAAGCUGGAGACGUCAUCACGGUUUUGGAGCAACAUCCUGACGGACGCUGGAAAGGCUGUAUCCACGACAACCGAACAGGAAACGAUCGAGUGGGGUACUUCCCAUCCACUCUGGUGGAGGUCAUCAGCAAGCGCACAGGUUUGGCCAGCACAGUCAUUUGCACUCAACAAUUUCAAAAGAUACCGCUGGUUCCCCCGGCGACGGUUGCCCCUGCCAACGCGGUAGUCAACGGCAACGACACCACGUUUCAUCAGAUCCAUAUCCUGCCUCCACCGCCUCCUCCUCCACCACAUUCCCAUCAGCCACUGCUUCCACUUUUCACUUCCUUUGGGUAUAACAGGUCGCCCGUGACAACUCCACAGGGAGACACACCCACUGCCCCAGGUUGUCGAGGCUCAGAGGCAAGUCCUCACAGUUCUCCCACCCCAUCCAGCGGGCCCCAUGGAGGCUCCAACGAAGAGAUCUGGGUUCUGCGCAAGCCCGUGGCAGGUGGAGAUCGCAGCAGUGUUGGGAGUUCUGGGAGCGUGACCAGCGUGAGGUCAUCCGGCAGCGGUCAGAGCGCCACAAGUGCUGCGCACAUCCUCCACGCGCAGGCAGAGGGCGUAAAGCUUUUAGCCACCGUCUUGUCCCAGUCUGCUAAAGCUAAGGAGCAUCUGAUGGAGCAGUCCAAGUCUGUGGACCAACCUGCAGGCUCUGCCAGCUCCUCCAGAACGUCGAGCCAAUCAGGCUGCCCGCUCCACGAAGCGCCGCCUUACGAUGCCACAGCAUCCAGGAAGGGGGAGGUUCCUUGCGAGGGGAAGAGCUCAGAGGCCGUUGUCCAAUGGCUGAGCGACUUUCAGCUGCAGGUCUACGCUCCAAACUUCCAGGGUGCGGGCUAUGACUUGCCCACCAUUAGCCGAAUGACUCCGGAGGAUCUGACAGCCAUCGGAAUAACUAAACCAGGCCACCGAAAGAAGAUCACGUCAGAGAUCAACAAGCUCAGUGUCACAGAGUGGCUGCCAGAGCAGAAACCUAACAACCUUGGGGAAUGGCUGACAGCUAUAGGUCUGAACCAGUACCACCAGGUUUUGGUGCAGAAUGGUUACGAAAACAUUGACUUCAUCACGGACAUCACCUGGGAAGAUCUGCAGGAAAUAGGCAUCACAAAACUUGGUCACCAGAAGAAACUGAUGCUGGCCGUAAAGCGGUUGGCAGAAAUGCAGCGCGGCUCAGAUGGACGUGGUUCCCUUCGAAAGAAGCCACCUCCAAUCACGCAGCAGCAGGAAGUCAUCUCAAUGGACAGCCCGCCUCCAGACGAAGUCAUCAUGUCUCCAAAGAUGAGCACCUUCCAGGACAGUGAGUUGAGCUCAGAGCUACAGAAUGCCAUCAUUCACUCAGGUCAAGAGGUCAGAGUUCAGCGAGCCCGUAACCUUAGCAAAGACCACGACGAGGUGACAUCGGUGGUUGUUGGGCCGCCGAAGAAGGAGGCACGAACAGUGAGGCAGCAGAGCAGCCAGGGAAGUGCCUCGUCCCACAGAGGAAGCGUUUCGUCGCAGGGCAAACACCGUCACUCUCACAACCAACCUGCUCCUCCCUACACACCCCCACACACACCCACCAAGACCAGAAACUCAUCUUCCUCCUCCACUUCCUCUGUUCAGAGCACAGCUUCCCCACAGAGCAAAACCAAACCUCCCCCCCAGUCGAUACAGGGGGACCAUCCUCAGUCGCACUCACACCCCUCUCAAUCUCCCACCCACCGGGGAGCUCCAUGUCAAGUCCCCCAGCCACAGCAGCCGCAACAAUCCCACCCACAUCCUCAUUCGCAGACACAGGUGAUGGAGGUUCGAGACGGUCCACAGCAACAGGUUCCACAGCUCUGCCUGCCUCCUGAAGCUGAGCAGGAAGAGGGAGAGGGAAAAGAGCCCUCAGCUCUCAAAGAGAAACGUGCCCACAGCCUCAACCGAUACGCCGCCUCAGACGGGGAAUGUGAGGAGAGGGUGAAGGAGGGUGGAGAAGGAGGAGGAGGAGGAAGGGAAGCAGACACAGCAGUGGCCCAGGGCUCCAUGGUUGUAAGAGCGGAGGGAGGCAAGUACGCCACAGUGACCCACCGUGUGAGUCGCAGCCAUUCUGUCCGCAACCAGGAAAAGACCGCCGGUCGCUGCCAGACGCAGUCCUUCGCUUUGCGUCAAAAGAAGAAAGGUCCUCCGCCGCCCCCACCUAAACGCUCGAGCUCCGCCAUCUCCACCUCCAACUCUAAUCUGACGGAGGCCAACACGCAGCAGCAGACACACACCACCACAGGCGGGAUGCUGGAUGUGCCCUACCACCAGCAGCGGCGGGCCAGCGACCUGGGGAUAUCGGUGGAGACGGCUGCAGUGGAGACCAACAGCAUGGGCAGCGUUCGCAGCAUUGCUGCCAUGUUGGAGAUGUCUUCCAUAGGCGGCGGCGCUAAAGGCAUGGCACUGCAGAAGAAUUACCUGCAGGUGGGAAAAACCAGAGAGACCAUUGGUCUGGACGGUGAGGUGGUGAACCGGCGGCGAACCAUCAGUGGGCCCGUAACAGAGCUGGUGGAGGCCGCCAGGCGGGAACAACCACGUCCAAUGGAUUUCACCCCACCUUCCACCCAACCUCCGCCUCGGUCCUCCCCUCCUCUCGUGAACUCCUCUUCACCUCAGCCUCCAUCUUCCCCAGUCCCCUGCCCAGCAGGCAGCGGCAGCUCAUCGGAAAACCUUCCAUUCGCCGAAGAGGGCAGCCUCACCAUCCGCCGCCAAGCUCGAGGAGACGGAGAAGGACAGGGUGACAGCGAUGCCCCCCCAGAAGACGGGGGAUUCACCCUGGAAGAUGGCCCUGAAGCCACCGGAACCUUGAAACGACGGCCCCGUAUUUCCAAAUCCCACCCCAACGGCUCAGACUUCACCCUCCAGGAGUCGUCUACCGUCAAACGGCGUCCUAAGAGUCGCGACAAGGAGCCCGAGGGCUUCGCUGAAAUGGCUGCUGCCAAUGGAGAAGCGGUUAGCGCCGGGCAGCCCAACACCACGCAGCCGCAGCCGUACCAGAACGGCACGGCCACUGUUAAACGCCGCCCGCCGUCUGAUGCUGGAGUGACAGAACAGCCGCAACCUCAGCCUCAGCUUCAGCAUCAACCUCAGCAACAAGUGGCCCCGGCUCCCCGCAGGGACAGCGUGGACCAGGGAGCUCCUGCAGGAAACGAAGGAGGUCCUGUGAGGAAACCAAAGCCUCCGGUCUCCCCCAAACCGGUGGUGGCCCAGAUAAAGAGGCAAGGGGGCCCUCAGGCCCCACCCCAGACUGCACCUAACAAGAGAGUCCCCCUACCAGGGCCGGGGACCCCAGGAAGUCCAGAUGGUAAUCUUCUGCAUGUGUUUGUCUUUAGCUCCAUGGCUGAGCAGAAGACCACAGUGAGCAUCCUCGAUGACAUCGGCAGCAUGUUUGACGACUUGGCCGACCAGUUGGACGCCAUGUUGGAGUAACAGCAGAAAUCUGAUAAGUGAAUCUCCAUGACGACGCUGCAUCGAGACUGAAUCAGAAGGCACAAGAGGCAACCCUCCCCUCCAGCUCACUCUCUCUUUCAUCCAUCUCUCUCUGCCUCGCUCAUCUCCGUCUAAUUGUCCAUCGCUGCUCCAGAAGAAACUCAAUUCUUGUCUUUUUUUUUUUCUUAUGUUCUUUUUGUGCGAUGCAAAGGCCCCUCAAACAAUGAAAGGUGACGGAGCAACAAAACACGCUUGGACAGAGAUCUUGUGGAGAGAGAAGUGACAGGAUUGAAAAAAUGGAUAAAAAGACAGGAUAAAAAACAGAGAAUAAAAGGCCUGACUUACUGGAGAGAGAAAAAAACAAACACAAAGAAAUGUUUCAUCUUUGAGAAGAUUGCAAUCACAAUGUGAGUCUUCUAAGAACUCCACAUGGACUCUAUAAGUGAAUAAAUCCUAAUACAGAUUUAAAAACCAUCUGUGUAAUGAAUCAUAGUAUGGUAUGUGUACAUUCUAAGCAUGGAGAGUUUAUAUCUACUGAAAAAGUCCUGCAUUAGCACAGUAAUAUAUGAUAUAUGCUGAUAAAUAUAAAAUCUCUAGCUCUUUGAUUUGAUGUCCUGGUUCUGUGUGGAAUGGUGACCUCUGGUGUUGUGAUGAUGUAAAUGACUUGGUGAAAAAAAAAAUAAUUAUAAUAUGUGACCAAAUUAAGACUAUUCACCUCCCGAUGGGCGUGAGAGAGUGCAGCAUUUGUGGAACGGCGAGGUGGAUGUGCAUCUCGAGAACGCCGUGGGAAUUCAGGAGCACAUUUCAGUUCCCAGUGGUGGCUGAUCAGAGUCACACGGUCUGCAUCGCCCCCCCGUAUCCAAGCACGCACGCGGACAGGCCCACACGCACACCGCAGAAGCACAAUGACCCAUGCAGCCUGCUUGCACACACACACACAUACACAUGAACCUUCAUAAGAUGAACUAAAAUCAUAGAAAAAUAGGGCUACAGCUCGUCGUUUAGCGAAGCUUAAGGGAAACGUUUAAGGAUGUUGUUAUGGAACUUAUGAAAUCCGAUUUAAGGAAAGGCAAAUGAGUCAGAUAUUUCUGGGUGUGUAUGGUUAGAUGAGUCUGAGUUCCCCCAAAGCACCUUGUGAAGGUCAGCACAAGCACCACAGUCGGAGCUGCAUGAGAACAUAGAGGGCUGCAAAACCCCUGCUGACUGACCCAGUAUAGCAGGAGAAUCAGGUUCCAUCAUCACUGUCCAUCACGUCCCCACAAACUUAAUUCAAAACACCAAAAUUAACGUAAAUUUAAUGCUUUUAACACUUUUAAUGAUUAAAAUAGACUUCAAAUUAACAAAAAUAUGGAAAGAAAUGUGUUCCAAUAUUAUUAAAAGCAAAGAACAUGUUUAAAAAAAAACAUUUGAAGAAAAUAUGUCUGGAAAAAAAACCUUUGAGAGUAAUAUUGGUGCAUGUCGAAGUUUAAACAAUA